AUGUUCUCCUCACGUUUUCCCCUCUUUCAGCUCUCUCCUGUACUCAUUUUUGCCGCAGCCGCUGCUUCUUCUUCGUCCAACGCUUCAACUGUCAUUCAAUGGGGUACCUGUGUUAAUGACUUUGAGAGCACACUACCCGCGGACUGCGGAACCCUGCUUCUCCUUCGUAUCCCUGCUACGGUGCAGCCAGCAAAGGGAAGCAUCGUGCUGAACUUUGGCGGUCCGGGAGAAGCUGGGCGGUCGACGGUGGCGGAAACAGCGAUUAUCUUGCAAGGGCUGUCUGGUGGACAGUACAAUCUCAUCUCGUUCGAUCCUCGUGGCACUCCAAAUAGCAAUCUUCCUUUUUCCUGCUUCGACACAGACUUUGCGCGACAAGCCCAGGCACAAGGCCAAAGCCUUCCGGAUAUCGACAACGAAGAAGCAUUGGCCAAACUAUGGGCGCGAGCAACUAUUGACGCGACUGCCUGUGCUAAGAAACAGAAAACCACGGGAGAGCUCAUCGGCACUGCCUUUACUGCGAGAGACGUGUUGAGUAUUGCCGAAAACCUUGGCGAGGAUGGAAUGGUGCGGUAUUGGGGUUACUCGUAUGGUACAACUCUAGGAGCUACCCUAGUGUCCAUGUUCCCCGAGAAAAUCGACAAAGUCAUCUUAGACGGAGUGCAGAAUCCGCAUGAAUACUAUCAUUCAUAUGGCGACAUCGAGGAAUGGGCUCAAUCAGACCAAGUCUUCUCGGGAAUCUUCACCAGCUGUCUCCAAGAACCAGACGCCUGCCCACUAGCCUACUACAACCCCACAGCCGCCGAACUCGAGAACAAAGUCUGGACCCUUUUCGACACCCUCAAGACCCACCCCGUCCCCGUCGGAGAUCUGAUUGUGGAUGAGAAUGUGCUGCAUGGAAUCGUCAGUAACAGCCUCUACAGCACCUCUAGCUGGAAGAAUACCACCAGGGCCCUGGACAUGCUUCUCACGGGUAACAUCGACGAGGAGCUCAUCCUCAAUCUAGCCAGCGCGGUGGUUCCAGUCGACCAGGCAACAUUGCUAGCCGCCACGUCGAUUUAUUCUCCGUUGGAGGGGAUUCACUGUUCGGACCGCGCUGCGCGUGCGGGGACGUAUGAGAAUCUCCUUCCGACUCUUCGUGAGCUGGCAAAUACGAGUAGGAUCAUGGGACGCACGGAUAUGUCUCUCAGCAUGGUGUGUGCACAAUGGACCAUUGACCCGAAGGAACGCUACGAGGGUGAUUUCCAGGUCAGUCCGGCGAAUCCGGUGCUGUUGAUUGGGAAUGCGUAUGACGGACACACACCAAUCCAGUCCGCGCGGAAUGUCAGCUCGGGGUUCGAAGGGAGCGUUGUGCUUGAGGUUAAUGGCUAUGGUCACUCCUCCCUCGGUGUUCCGUCGUUAUGCUCUCUCAAAACGCAGGCGGAUUACUGGGUUAAUGGCACUUUGCCGGAGCCGGGCACUGUCUGUCAGCCUGAGAGCGCGCCAUUUUCGGAGGCUAGUUGGUUGGAGGUUAUCAGCAAAGCUUAUGGGGCUUGAAAUGGAAUACGGAUUGUAAUAGAUGCAUG